GUCCCUUUACUUCAAAGAACAAGACCAUUUCAGCCAGGUUCAUUACAGUAAUUCAACCAUCCCUUAUAAAAAAUGGAAGGCGAUUCAGAAAUGGGGCCUCUCUUCUCUUUCCCUCUUCAAUUUUAAACCCAGCUAAGAAACCGAGAAACUCCAACAAGGCAGAAGCGGAAGCAGAGAGCAUAAAAAAGCAGAACAAAAGCAGAAUUGCUACCGUCACUACCGUCGAUAGCUACAGCACCGCCAUCAGCAUCACCAACUCCUCCUUGAGCUACAGGAUGUUUAAAAUCUUCAACAGAGGAAGAGAAAAUGCUAAUGAUUCCUCACCGCAAUCCUCACCUUCUCCAUCCUCGUCGACUUCUCCGUCUCAUGUGACUGGACCGCCGAGGCCUAUCAAUCUGGUGUACCGCGACAGGGAUGGAAAGUUCCGGAUGGAUCCAGAAGCAGUUGCCACACUCCAGCUGGUUAAGGCACCAAUUGGUGUCGUUUCGGUUUGUGGUCGCUCUCGUCAGGGCAAAAGCUUUAUUUUGAAUCAGCUUCUUGGGAGGAGCAGUGGCUUUCAGGUUGCACCAACUCAUCGACCGUGUACAAAAGGACUUUGGUUGUGGAGUGCACCCAUAAAGAGAACAGCUCUUGAUGGAACCGAGUACAAUCUAUUACUAUUAGAUAGUGAAGGAAUAGAUGCUUAUGAUCAAACAGGAACUUACAGUACUCAGAUAUUCUCGUUAGCUGUUCUCUUAUCGAGCAUGUUCAUAUACAAUCAGAUGGGUGGCAUAGAUGAAGCUGCACUUGAUCGUCUCUCUCUUGUCACUGAAAUGACAAAACACAUUCAAGUGAGAGCUUCAGGAGGAAAGAGUAAAGCUUCUGAACUUGGACAAUUCUCCCCUAUAUUUGUUUGGCUUCUAAGGGACUUCUAUCUGGAUUUGGUAGAGGAUAAUAGGAAAAUAACACCCCGUGAUUAUCUAGAGCUUGCCCUAAGGCCAGUUCAAGGUAGUGGAAGAGAUGUAGCUGCCAAAAAUGAGAUUCGCGAUUCCAUUCGAGCUCUCUUUCCAGACAGAGAAUGCUUCACCCUUGUGAGGCCUUUGAACAAUGAAAAUGAUCUCCAACGACUGGAUCAAAUACCGUUGGACAAAUUAAGGCCUGAGUUUAGAUCUGGGCUGGAUGCAUUUACCAAAUUUGUUUUUGAGAGAACGAGGCCCAAGCAAGUUGGGGCCACUGUGAUGACAGGCCCGAUUCUUGUUGGCAUCACACAAUCUUAUUUGGAGGCUCUGAAUAACGGUGCAGUGCCCACAAUAUCCUCUUCAUGGCAGAGUGUUGAAGAAGCUGAGUGUCGAAAAGCACAUGACACUGCUACUGAAGUAUAUAUGUCCACUUUUGACCAUUCAAAGCCACCUGAGGAAGCUGCUUUGAGGGAAGCACAUGAAGCAGCAGUUCAAAAAUCAAUGGCUGCAUUUAACGCUAAUGCCGUGGGAAUUGGUUCAACAAGGACAAAAUAUGAAGGGCUUCUGCAUAAAUUCUUCAAAAAGAAAUUUGAGGAGUAUAAGAAGAACGCAUUUAUAGAGGCAGAGCUAAGAUGCUCAAAUGCUAUACAAAACAUGGAGAAAAGGCUCAGAGCAGCUUGUCAUGCUUCAGAUGCAAAUGUGGAUAAUGUUGUGAAGGUUCUUGACAACCUUCUAUCUGAGUAUGAUAAAUCUUGUCAUGGCCCAGGGAAAUGGCAGAAAUUGGUUAUUUUCCUACAACGAAGUUUGGAAGGUCCAAUACGUGACCUUGCCAAGAGGCUUAAUGAUCAAAUCACAACUGAGAAGACUUCCCUGUCAUUGAGAUGUCGCGCAAUUGAGGAUAAAAUGGAAAUGCUUAAAAAGCAACUGGAUGCUAGCGAGAAACAUAGGUCUGAAUAUAUGAAACGGUAUGACGAAGCUAUCAGUGAGAAGAAGAAGCUGUCUGAUGACUUCUUGAAGCGCAUAUCUGAUCUGCAAAGUAGUCGCAGUUCACUAGAUGAUAGGUGUUCUAGCUUAUUGAAAACAUUGGAAUCUACUAAGCAAGAAGCCUCAAACUGGAAAAGAAAACAUGACCAAUUGUUAUCAAAACAGAAAGCUGACGAAGACCAGACAAACUCGGAAAUUGGAAUUCUCAGGUCGCGAACCAGUGCUGCAGAAGCAAGGCUAGCUGCUGCGCAUGAACAUACAAAGUCAGCUCAAGAAGAGGCCGCAGAGUGGAAACGGAAGUAUGACAUUACUGUAAGAGAAACGAAAGCUGCUCUUGAGAAGGCAACGAUUGUGCAAGAGCGUACAAGCAAAGAGACGCAAUUGAGGGAGGAUGCUUUGCGAGAGGAAUUUUCUAGCCGCUUGACAGAAAAGGAAGAGGAAAUAAAGGAAAAAAAUAUGAAAAUAGAGAAUGCUGAGCAACGAUUGACAACUCUAAACUUGGAGUUGAAGGCUGCUGAAUCAAAGAUCAAGAGUUAUGAUUCUGAAAUAUCAUCCCUGAAGCUUGAAAUAAAAGAGUUGGUUGAGAAAUUGGAGUCUGUGAAUGCUAGAGCACAAUCUUAUGAAAGAGAAGCAAGGAUACUGGAGCAAGAGAAGAUCCAUUUGGAGCAGAAGUACCGAUCUGAGUUUGAGAGAUUUGCAGAAGUCCAGGAAAGAUGUAACCAUGCUGAAAAGGAAUCUAAGAGGGCUAUUGAAUUGGCUGAUAAAGCACGUGCUGAUGCAGCAUCUGCUCAAAAGGAAAAGAGUGAACUUCAGAAAUUGGCAAUGGAAAGAUUAGCGCAAAUUGAGAGAGCUCAAAGGCAUAUUGAAAGUCUGGAAAGAGAGAGAACUGACUUAGCUGAUGCGGUUGAUAGAAUGCGAGUAUCAGAGAUGGAUGCUGUCUCAAAAGUUUCACUUUUGGAGGCAAGAGUUGAAGAAAGGGAGAAAGAAAUAGAGUUACUGCUAAAAUCGAAUAAUGAGCAGAGGGCUAGUACAGUUAAAGGUCUUAAGGAUCUUCUGGAUGAUGAGCGUAAAGCCCAUAGUGUCGCAAACAAACGGGCAGAAGACCUUUCUCUUCAGUUGGAAGCAGCGCGGGCAAAGCUUGAUGCACUCCAACAGGAGUUGACAUCAGUUCGUUUGAAUGAGUCAGCACUGGACAGUAAGCUAAAGACUGCUUCCCAUGGGAAGCGCAUUAGGACCGAUGAUAUUGAAAUGGGGGUAGGAUCUGUUCAAGACAUGGGUACAAAUGAUAGGAUUUUAAGACCAAGUAAGAAGUCCAGGAGCACAACAAACCCUUUAAAGCACACACAGCCAGAAGAUGGUGGUUCAGUGUUUAGGGGUGACGAGGAUAACCAGAGUCAACAAACUGGUCAGGAAGACUAUACAAAGUUCACAGUGCAGAAACUUAAGCAAGAACUCACAAAACAUAAUUUUGGUGCUGAGCUCCUCCAACUGAGAAAUCCAAACAAAAAAGACAUCCUUGCUUUGUAUGAGAAGUGCGUUCUCCAGAUGUAGUAAGAGUCUUUUAAUCAACUUGUAUAGGAUGUUGCCUGUAACGUACUGGAAGUUUAGUCAAUGGAUCAGUGUGAGCUUUAGAAAUAGGAUGGUUGAGCCCAUUUUUAGCAGGUUUGAAAUAUCACGUUGAUAUUAAAAAAGGAGUUAUUGUUAGGACUGCGUUGAGAGGGCAAGAGUCUAUGUUCAUCUCUUUUAAUUUCUGGUUUUUCUUGAAUCCCUUCCAAGAAUUGCAAUUUGCUCGUGGAAGAGCAAUUUAAUUUGGUGUGGGAACCAUAUGUAAUGGUCUUCUUCGCUAGUAAAUUUAUUUGAAUUUUUAACUA